AUGUCUCCAACAAUGAAAGAUUUGAAUGUGGAUCAUAGCUGUACUUCACCGAAAACUCCUAAUUUUCGACAAAGAAGGCGUUUAAACGAGAUUCUUCCUGAUAUAAACAAAUCAAAUGGAAUCCUUUUACUUGUAAAUGAUAAAUACAAAUACAAAUCAAUGUGGAUUCGUGCAUAUUCGUCUCUAUGGAUGUUAGCAUGCGUCGCGCUUAUCAUAUACCUGGGCCAUCUUUACAUCUGGGCAAUGAUGGUUGUUAUCCAAAUUUUUAUGGCUAGUGAGCUCUUCAAUCUCCUGAGAAUAGGGAAUCAAGAUAAACGUCUCCCGAAGUUCAAGCUCUUGAACUGGCAUUUUUUCUUCACGGCGAUGCUAUACGUAUACGGCCGUAUCCUCAGUCAGCACCUUGUGAAUACUGUCACAUCAGAUAAAUUUUUCUAUAGGCUUGUCAGUAACCUCAUCAAGUAUCAAAUGGUUAUAUGUUACUUCUUAUAUAUUGCAGGUUUUGUAUGGUUUAUUCUUUCGCUAAAGAAAAGAUACUACAAGUAUCAAUUUGGACAGUAUGCAUGGACACAUAUGAUACUUAUCAUUGUGUUUACACAAUCUGCAUUCAUGGUAGCUAAUAUAUUUCAAGGAAUUUUCUGGUUUCUUUUUCCUGCACUUCUUAUUGCUAUGAAUGAUGUUGCUGCAUAUUUCUUUGGUUUCUUCUUUGGGAAAACACCUCUGAUCAAGUUAUCUCCGAAGAAAACAUGGGAGGGUUUUAUAGGAGCGUCUAUUGCAACUAUGAUUGCUGCAUUUACGUUUGCAAACUUUUUGGGUCGGUUUCAGUGGCUAACAUGCCCGAGGAAGGAUUUAUCAACUGGUUGGCUUGAGUGUGACCCUGAUCCAAUUUUUAAGCCAGAUUACAUUCCAAUGCCAGGAGUUGUUCCUCCUGGCAUGAUACCUGAGAAAGAAAUAGCAGUUUUGCCAGUUCAGUGGCAUGCCUUAUGGCUAGGACUAUUUGCGUCCAUCAUAGCGCCGUUCGGAGGAUUCUUCGCUAGCGGUUUCAAAAGAGCUUUUAAAAUCAAGGACUUUGGUGACAGUAUACCUGGACAUGGUGGAUUUACAGACAGAAUGGACUGCCAGAUGGUAAUGGCUGUUUUUGUUUACAUUUACCACCAAUCAUUUGUUGUCCCCCAUGACUAUUCCAUUGAUGUGCUUUUGGAGCAGAUAAUGAGGGACCUUGGUUUUGAGGAGCAGCUAGCUCUUUAUACAAAACUUGGACAGAUAUUACGAGAAAGACAUGUACUCUAG